CGCAGUGGACAGAGGCGACAGGAAGUGUUGUGGGCUCCGGUGCAUUUUUCAGGAUGGAGAUCUGGAAAGGUGGAUCCCUGCGACCAGCUGUAUAUAACAUCAUGCGUUACAACCCUACCACACCGGACGUUGGAGUUUUUGACUUCGCGACCUGCUAUGACGCCAGCAACAAGAAACACUUUACUAUAGAGUUCAAAGUUGUUAACCCCAAAAACUUCAUUCUCCUCGGGAGACCGUACCUGAGGGAAACCGUGGUUGUACAGCUUGCCUCCCACCUGGAGAUUCAGCCUAAUCGCUUCACAGAUGUUACGUUCGACUAUGACCAGCACGGAACGCUCUUUAUGAGUGGAACUAUGCUUGGCCCAUCAAAAGUUAAUGGUUUCGGCAGAAGAGAAAUUGACCUUAAUGGGGCCUUCGACUUCUUGAAGGGGUCAGUUGCAGCUUCCCACCUGGCCAUAAUGCUCAGUGAUUCCGACGGUGAGCCAAUGCCUUUAGAAGGAGUAAAUGUUGUGGAGCACAACUUUCAUGAGGAAUUCACCACAACUACAACAACGACAGCCAAACCGACGUCUAUCGUAGUGCCCACUCUACCUCCGAAAACUAUCUCCAUGAAAGUCCCCACAGCGCCACCUACGACAGCCACCACCACCUCCACCACAAGAACCUCUACUAACACCAGGACAGCCACCUGUCCUCUGCCCACUCCUUGCACGUGCCCAACUGUCAGGAGCAUCCCGCCCACAACGCCUUUGGUAUCGUCAUCUGUGCGGACAUCUCGACUUACCUCUCCUUCCACACGCUUGGCAGCCACUACGCGGCUGACUUGUCCGCCACCUCCUCCUCCAUGCAACUGUUCCCACCUCGUCCAAUCAACUCCUUUCCCAUCCCUACUACCAGCUGCCAACCGGUCAAGCCCUGCCCACCUUCUCCUCGCUGCACGUGCCCUGCGCCCACGCCCUGCCCUCCCAAGGAAAUCGUCCCGUGCCCGCCGAGGUCGACUUCCUGCUCGUGCCCCACCUCCCGACCCCGUGUCUCCUGCCCAACAACAGCCAUGGCUCUCCAGUGCACCCCUUGCUCGCCGUGUCCCACUGCGACAGGGUGUGCAUGUCCAUCAUCCACCCUGCACGAGCAUAUCUCAUCCGCCCGUCACCUCGUCAUUUCCGACUCACCCGAGUGCGAGUCGGAUUACAGCGCUGGGGCACUAGCUGGCGGAGUGGUGACAGCACUGGUGGUCGGCCUUCUGAUUGGAUUUGUGGCCACUCGUUUCUACCAUGUUUUUCGAAAGCAGGACAAACCUCUCAUCAGCAAUAUCAUAGAUAACGAAAACGUUUUAUGAGUAAUCUCUCACACGCUUUUCUUCACAAUAAUUUAAAAAAAUAUGUGAAAUGCCUAUGAAAUGCAGGUCUUUUCUUGAAUUAAAUUAUGUUGAAGUUGCAUUAAAUGCGAACUACAGAACACCCUCCUUGCUUGUUUUUGUGUCGUGUCUUAGCGUGAAGUAUUGCAUCUUGCUACUCUAGUCCUAGUGCUUCCACAGUCAUAGGUCAAUGGGAGAGUGCGCGCAUGAGCGAAAGAUUUAAUUAUACCUCUCGAACACUAAAACAUCAUGCACUCACCCAGAGCGAAAUGACCAUCAAAAACUAACAAAGUUCAAGAUAAAUGUUUACUAGAUAACACGCAUGUUUCAAAACAAUAACCCAAAAGACUCACUUUCUCAAGAAAUCAUGACAGUUUUCUCAUCACAGAUUUCAAUAAACAGCACAUAUAAAACAAAGGCGAAUGCGGUUCUGAAA